UAACUCAUUCUGCGGGUGGAUAUACAAAGGCAAGUCGUAUAUACACGAUGUCAUAUACCUAAACAGUUUUUACUUGAACUAUUAUUGAAUCGCAAAUGCCAUUUAAAUUUAGCAGUUGAAAACCAGACAUAUACAUGUAUUUCCAAUGGGAAAAACGAGGAAGUUUUAUUCUUUAUAAGCUCAUUCUUAUAUCGGUAAGCUAGAUGUUGGAUGUUAAACCCUGAAACUUUUGUACAAGCAUUCAUAACAAUCUAUACAUUUAUCGCCGUGAUAUGUGUUUGUUGAUUACACCUGACUACACAGAGGAAAAAAUUGGAUCUCAUCUAUCAUUAUCAACAACUCAAAACUUGUGGAUCGACUGAUAAAUCAGAAAUAAUAAUGGAAAAACCAGGUCUGUUUAAAAGAAAAAAGGAAGUAACAAGUGGCACGAUUAAGGGAAUUUCGGGUGGAAAUUUCAGGAAGUUUGACGUAAGCUUUCGACAAGAUAUCUCCGAUGCAAUUGAAAAUCCCCCCGACAUCACUUCAAACACCGAAGUGUUUGAUGAUCCGGUCAUAACACUGAGCGAUAUGAGCACUACGAGGGGCGACAAUGCAGAAGAUGCUGAUGAUUUUGUCAAAUAUGCAAAUGAUGGUACAUUUGUAACAUUAUCAGUGUCAUCAGAAAGUUUCAAUUCAAAUAAUAACAAUAAACCCAAUAAACCUCCAAAGAAAAAAGUGAAAGACAAACAAAGACACUGUGAACAGUCAAAAGUUAGCGAAAGCAGAAGUAACACUACUUGGUUCGUACCAGUUUGUUCGGAGAAAAGUGAAACACAGGCAGAAUGUGAUUAUAUCUGUAGAAUGUGUAAAUCUAAAUCAGAAGUUUCAGAAGUGAAAAAAGCUUGUGUCGAAGCUGACUUAAAGGUUCAUAAUAGUACAGGCAAAGAACAAGACCUAUUGGAUCCAGAUUCAACUGACGAUAUCUCUCCAAAUGCAUUGAUUCAAGAGAUGGAAGUUCUUGUAGAUACAAUACAGGAAGGCUUUAGAAAAGUCAUUGGAAAACAGCAAAGUAGCAAACAGGUCAACAAUAUUCACGAAAAGAUCAAAGAGGCGAUUUUGCAGAUUUACCAAAUCAUGGACAGCAAAGGAAUAGCACAUGAACAACAACCUGAAUACAAGGAUUCCGAAAUAGAAAAGAAAUUUAAAAAUCAGAAAGAGGAGUUAACUGACAUCACUAACCAAAAUGAUGCUUUAAUGAAAACAAAUCAAGAAUUGUCCAAGUUGCGUAUAGAACGUGAAAUCAACAUCAGACAGCUACAGGAUGAAAAAGAAUCCCUCCUAACUCAAGUCGCAAAGCUACAAGAUGAAAAAGAGUCCCUCAUCACUCGAUUAAGUUCGAUUGCGGGGUCUCGUUUGAAGGAUGGAAACCCUAUAAUUGCAGACCUGAGUGAUGACAACAGACCACUCAAAAUAGCAGAAAGAUUCUCUGAGAUCUAUGACAAUGAAUGGACAGAUGCCUUUGACAAUCUUAUCACAGAUAAAAGCGAAAUAGAAAGUAUUCAUAUUUUACUGGACAUUUUGCAGAGCAUAUCUAAAAGUUGUCAGGAAUUAAGCAAAGACCAACUACAGAAUUUGAAACAUUUUGGAAUUCCCUUAGACGCUGAUGAUGAGGAUCUCUCGAGAGAUCAGGAUACCUAUGAUCGAGAAAGAAAAGCAAAAGAGAUGCAAAUGUUAUGUGGACCACUAUCAGCUGAAUUAGUGCAGAUGAAAUUUCUCAGAAAUCCUGAUUUUUCGACCAAAUUCAGUGAUUAUAUAAUAACAUGUGAAACCUUUAUCACAAAAUGCAUAAAAACCUGUUGGAUGAUGAACAUGCAAGAGGUUCCCAUGUGUCUCAAGUUUGCUUACCAACCAGGCGAUCCAUUCAAAAGGGAGCUGUACAAAGAAUACACCAAGUGUGGAGGUCAAUGUGGUUAUCUGGUUUGGCCCCUUCUCCUGCUCCAUGUUGAUGGACCGGUAUUACAGAAGGGUGUGAUGCAACCGUUAUGAUCAAUUAUUGAUCUUUUAUUAACAUUUGGACAAGCAGAACACAUUUGUAUACAUACAUCAUACCUUUCCUGCUAUGUUAUAAUGAAUAAAUUUGGUAUGAAGAAUUUCAUUAAGAAAAAAUAAGAACAUGUUGAUAAUGUAAUUUAAAUGCCGACAAAUCCUGCACACAUUGAGGGGCAACAUUAAACAGAUAUCGCAUUCGACUGAAAAUUCUGAUGUUAGAGUUAUCUUUCGUAAAAGAGAAUCCUUUCAUUAUAAAUUUUCUGUCACUGAUCAAAACUAUCAUAUUAUAUCAUGACAUAUUUUUCACCCAAAGAACUGAAAGUUUAUUUCUUUGCUGAAGAGUUGUCUGUUUUCUAUUAUUGAUAAUAAGAUUUCGAUUAUCAAUAAUUAUAGCGUAAAAAAAGAGGUUUGAGGUUUACAAAGUCAAUGAUGCGUCAGUGCGUUCGUAUUUUUAGAUACAGCAAAUAUGUAAAUAAAACAUUGACCAGCGGUUAGAAACAUCUGCAAAUGCAAACGAUUAGUUGAUUUUAUAGCAAGAUUCAUGAAGAGCACAGCUGCUUGUAGAUAUGUUUUAAUAAGAAACCAAAUCGACAUCUAACGGGAGAUGUUCUCUCUCUUAACGUUGCUUCCUUAGUUGCCAUUUGUUAACAUCACACAUCAUGAUAAAUAAUUACGGAU